AUGUCCAGCAAAAUUGCUCCAUUCUUCACGAUCCGCAACUCUCCAGGCAAGGGCUUGGGAGUAUUUGCCGCAACAGCGAUAUCACCCGGCCAGGUCGUUCUUCAGGAAUCACAAGUCAUUCACUGCAAGUAUCUUGCGCGCCCAGAUGACCCUCGCCAAUUUGAGCAACACCGCAACGUCCUGGGCCAGUGGAACGAUCUGCCGUCAAAUCUGAGGACUCACUUGGCAGCCUUACAUGUCGCAGAAGACGCGCCAGGAGCUCGUGCCUACCUCAGGACUUUCACCCAACGCGAGCACGCGCACCCGCUGGCGAUCUUCUACUCAAACAGCCACAUCUAUAUUGAUAUUGAGUCAAAGCCCCGCCGAGGCCUGUUUCCACUGGCAUCGCGAAUCAACAACUCCUGUGAGCCAAACUUGCUCCACGACAUAACCAGCGACGGCGUCAUCAACUGUGUGGCCAUCCGCGACAUUGACGCGGGCGAAGAGCUCACAAUCUCCUACGUUGGCUCGUAUCUCACCAACGAAGCCAGAAAGAAGCACUUCCGUGGGUUGUGGGACUUUGAGUGUGAUUGCCCCCGAUGCGCAGGAAGACUGAGGUUGCCGCAAACGACUGAGCUGCCGGGUAUCGGUACCUUCGGCGACGUCUUCACAGCAGAAGACCUGCAGAAAUCAUUGUCGCCACCGGGGGGCAUCGACUUGCGCGAGCUCUGGUCUUGGAUGGCGCUUCAGCUGGCGCGCAUCAAGUACUUUCAGGAGAACGGGCAUGUCUCCCGACUCUACUUCGCGUGA